AUGGCGGAUGAAAGCAUAUCUGGUAGGGUUACAAGAGGUAUCCCACAUACUCUUCAAAAUUUAGAUUCCCCUUCUUUUGAUUUGGGUAUUUCUCAGCAACAACAUGAUGUUCAUGCAGCUUCUGCUGAGAAAUUGGUUGCUGAAAGGAGAUCUAAGAAAAUCCAUGAUCCUGCCAGAAUCAGAAAUCCUUCAACUGUUAAUUUCGAAAAAAAUGAUUUUGAUACUGCCACAAAGAGGAGAAAAACAUCCGAUGUUGCUUAUAGUAGCAAAGGGAAGAAUGUUGUAGAGACAGAUACCGGAGAACAACAAUUAACUAUGAACAAGCAGAUGCAAUUUGACACCGACGUGCAGGGGCAGUUAUUUAGGUGUUUUAUGGUUAGGGAGUUGAAGCGUAGUAAUAGCUAUGCGUUUGUUAUCGAUAUUAAUGGGACGGAAUUGACAUUCGGACUUUUUGAAUUUGCUUUAAUUACUGGUUUGAAGUGUUACGGGGAUGAAGUUGUUUUUUAUGAGGGUCCUAACAGAUUGUUGGAUGAAUAUUUCGGUGGUUCUGAUAAUAGUGUUUUAAAGAUGACUUUAAAUAAGUGCUUUGAAGACAAGGAUUGGGGUGUUGGUGAUAACGCAGAUGAAGAUGUUGUAAAGAUUGAGAUCCUGUAUUUCAUUCAUAAUUACAUACUUUCAAGUGAAAAGAGGAACGUCACAGUCCCAAGACAUCAUUUUGACUUGGUGGAGAGUGAACAGCACAAUGAAUAUACAUGGAGUAAGGAAGCAUUUGAUGAUUUGAUUAAGAGUAUUCACCACAAGAUGGACAAGCCGAAGCAGUUUUAUUGUCUACGGGGUUUCCCUUUUGCUAUGCAAGUGUGGAUAUAUGAGUGUUGCUCUAAUGUUGACCCUAAUUUAAUGGUUAAAAGCGGAAGCCGAAUCCCAAAAAUGUUUAAUUGGAGAACAGUGAACCAAAAGUCAUAUGUUAACUACUUGAUGUUGGGCAUGUUUAAGGACGGUGAGGACAUUUGUUGUAAAUUCAACAACAUUGUUUUGACCAUGUUAGAGGUUGAGAAGCUUGGUCUGCGUGCAUACUUGGUCAACAGACUUGCACCACCACCCCAAACACACCAAGAGGAGGAAAAUGAAUAUGCAGAUUUUUCCACAACACCUCCCCAUGUUGCUGCUGCCAAGAAAACUCAAAAGAACGAUGCUUCAAAAUCUCCACCGCACAAGAAGCUUGGGAAGAUGUUGACGACAGCAUUGCUUAUAAGCCGGUUCAAUCAAAGGAAAAAAGAAAAAACUGCUCCAAGUGUCCACCGCGUUCCUGUUGAUGACGUAUCCACCAGUAAAUCAGUUGACCUCACAAGUUUGAGGCAGGAACUUAAUCAAUUUAAACAGGAAGUGCUUGCUGAAUUCAAGGUUGUUUUUACUGAGCUCAAGGUUGUUUUUACUGAGCUCAAGGAUCUUCGCAAAAUUAUUGAUAAAAAUUUCGAAAAGGUUUUGGAACAUGUCAAAGGGAAACAAAACUCAGAAAAGGAUGAUGACAGUGAAACUCAUGUUCCUUUACAUGAUGGAAACAUACAUCAACAAGCAGAUGAUUACAUGGACCAUGGUGACGAUAUUCACAUGGAGACUGAUACGGGUGAUGUGCAUCCAACAGAGGGUCUUGCACCGGAUACUCAAGUCGGUAUUAGCAAUGAUAGCGGCGAUACGCUGAAAGCUUCAACCGAAGAGAUUGCAGAAGGAGGUGAUCUUUCAGGAGAACCGAAGACUUCGGUUGAACAUCCGGCUGAUCCAACAGAGCAAGAUUGUUCACUACUUUUGGCCUGUGUUUUUCUUAAGGAAAAGGGUCUUGCACCGGAUAUUCAAGUUGAUAUUGGCAAUGAGAGCGGCGAUACGAUGGAAGCUUCAACCGAAGAGAUUGCAGAAGGAGGUGAUCUUUCAGGAGAACCGAAGACUUCGGUUGAACGUUCGGGGAAACAUACUGUGGAAGAGCAAAAAUGUUCUGAUGAAUCAAAUAAUUCCGAGAUGAUCGCACAGGUGCUAGCAAAUAUAGCAGAAUCAGAAAUGACUAACGAACAAGUUCAUGCAGAAAAAACCGAGGAAAACACCAGCUCAACUGUCUUAGAGGAACCCCAGGCAGCAGUUUGUAACGCGCAGCCGUUGUCUCAGUGGUUGUUGCCUGAUGAGUAUUUACCAAGCCAAACCCCAGGGAAAGAAAUCAUGUUACAUCCAUCAAUCACACGAGCUAUACGCCCCAGUAGUAGUUCGUGCAAGGAUCAUGUUCAUGUAUUUGAUAAAAAAUAUCCAUUCCAGAUAGAUCCCAUUACUGGUCCACUUGAUGUACAGAUGGUGGAUGAAUACCGUACUUGCCUUCGAAACGAAAGAACUACGAAGACCAUUAUAAAAAAAAUGGCAGUUUUUGACAAUGGAGUCAAAUUCAAUUUUGGCAUCACAAUUGUCAAUGAUAAGAACUGGUGUUACCUGUUAUCGAUGGAUGGUCAGCUUUGGAAUGACAAGAGAGCUAUUUUUCAGGGACAUUCGGUCUGCUGUGUAUUUGUAAAAUACAGAGAGCACAUUGACGUCAUUUUCUAUUACUUUCGGAAGAAAGGAAAGUAUGAUAAAAGGAACAAUUUCAGCUUCACCACUAUUGACUGCCUAUUCAAGCAGAGAAUUGAUGUGGUCCACCACGCAUAUCGCAAUGUUGAAACCCAGACAAAUGUGGCAAAUGAAGAGCAAGUAUUGAUUGAGUAUGUUAAGGGCCACAGGCUUAUUGUCAAUGUCCCGUGGCAUACGGUUGACAACGUGCUAAUACCGGUGAAUAUACAAGAAGAAAAUCAUUGGUUAUUGGUACUCCUUUAA